CCAACUGAUUGGCUCAGUGAGACAACGUUUAGGUCAGCCCAGCUAGCUGACUGCCAAAGGGAAAUCACUUCUUUUUUUUUGUGUGCAUCAGAAACAGUACAAAAAGAUCACCUAGACUUUUAGAAGAUACAAGCUUUUUCUAGAUUCACCCCAACAACUUUUUCCCCAAGAACAUUUCCCGUUCCGAGGAGCGUCCAGUGAACGGUCAGCAUGUGGGAGUUCCGGUCCAUGGCGUUUUGGCGGGCGGUCUUCGCUGAGUUCUUCGGUACCAUGUUCUUUGUGUUUUUCGGCAUCGGCGCUGCGCUGCGCUGGACCACUGGGCCUCACCACAUCCUGCACGUGGCGCUGUGCUUCGGCUUGGCGGCUGCCACCAUCAUCCAGUCCAUCGGCCACAUCAGUGGCGGCCACAUUAACCCGGCCGUCACCUUCGCCUAUCUGGUAGGCUCCCAGAUGUCCCUGUUCCGCGCUUUUUUCUACUGGGCUGCCCAGUUUCUGGGGGCCGUGGCCGGAGUCGCCGUGCUCUAUGGGGUCACCCCAAAAAACAUGAGGGGCAACAUGGCUCUCAACAUGCUGCAGCCUGGCAUCAGUCUGGGCAUGGGCACCACAGUGGAGGUGUUUCUGACCAUGCAGCUGGUGAUUUGUGUCUUUGCCGUGACGGAUGAGAGGAGGAACGGACGUAUGGGCUCUGCUGCCCUGUCCAUCGGCUUCGCUGUCACCGUCGGACACCUCAUGGGGAUGUACUACACUGGUGCUGGAAUGAACCCUGCUAGGUCUUUCGCCCCCGCUGUACUCUUCAGGAACUUUGUCAACCACUGGGUGUACUGGGUGGGUCCCAUGAUAGGAGGUGCUAUGGGCGCUCUUCUGUACGAUUUCAUGCUGUUUCCCCGCAUGCGCGGUCUGUCUGAGCGCCUGGCCACACUGAAGGGCAGCCGACCCCCCGAGACGGAGACCCAGCAGGACACCCGCGGGGAGCCCAUCGAGCUCAAGACACAAGCCCUAUAAGCCUGUCCCUAUCUGGGGACGAGGGAUGAGGGACAGGCCCUGUGUCGACCAACCCCCGUGCUGCCCCCAACCCGCCAACACACACACACUCACUCACACAGACUCACUAACUAACACACAGACACACACACUCACAUUGAGACACACUGACUAAACCUGCAGAUUCAGACAUGUAUUUAUACACAAACUGUACACACACCCAUACACACACAUACACAGACAGGUUCACAACCUUCAACCUCAACAUGCAACGAGACUCCUCUCCCUCCAACCUCACUCUGUAUACUGAAUUGGACAUUGUGUUUGAUAGAGGCGAACAGGGCCUGCUCCAACAGUCCCACUAACCUCCCCUCGUCCUCCUCCUCCUCAGCCACACCAAGUCUUCCCUUCACACAUCCACAUAGACACAAGGACCAGACCUGUCACCACAGAUGCAUGUGGGUGAGGUGUAGGCGGGCACCCACUGGGCACAGACGUCAAUUCAACAUCUAUUCCCACAUUGGUUCAACGUUGAAACAACGUUGAUUCAACCAGUGU